AAUCGGAUCGGAUUGUCGAUCGAAUUGAGUCUACUACCACCGGCCAGCCACCACACUCAGUUAUUUCUGGAAGUUCGCGCAAUGCACUUCAAUGCUACGGGUUGUUGUGGUGGCGCCCUCAAUUGGUUUCGCUUACAACAAAUACGGCAGUAAUAUAAGGAAAAAAAAAACAAACAAACGCAUAUAUUAAUUCCUACGAAAAGUGUAUGCCAAUAUCCUAAAUCGCAACGUCCAACCGUCCAACGCAAUAAAACUGAUGAUUUGUUAUUUGUUAAGCAAAAACAAUUGAAAUCUGCAAAAUAUCAACUAAAAUAUUUGCCAUACAAACACACUUAACCCAUCUACACUCGCACUUCGAUUCUCCCAAAAAAAAAAAACAAAAAAAUAAGAUAAAAAAAAUGCAUUUAAACAUUUCAUAUUUACGUAAACGUCUGAGAAGUACCUCGACCACCAGUCACAGCGCCACACACCUGAAUGCUCUCAACGCACUCCAUCGGCUGUGCUGUUCAGUCUUGCGGAUCCCAUUCCUGGUGUUGCUGCUGCUGUGCCAGCUAAGUGUAGAUAUAGAUUAUAGACUAUGGAGUGGACAAGGCGGCAGUGGUGGUGGUGGUGGUCCACGUAUGUUGGUAGCAGCCAGUCAAUCUGGCAUUUACAUAGAUAAUGGCGUCGAUCAGACGAUAAUGCAUCGCGUCUUGGACGACGAUGACAAAAUGGAUGUGUCCUAUGAGAUUUUGGAAUUUCUAGGAUUGUCGGAGAGACCACGACGGAAGCAUAGUCAUUUGUCGUUGAGAAAAUCAGCACCACAAUUUCUACUCGAUGUCUAUCAUCGUUUAACCGAGGAGGAGAAUAGCGAAACGCCUACGCGUUCAAAACGUGAUCUCGAAGAACAGGAAAAUUUCAUAACCGAUCUCGACAAGCAAGCCAUCGAUCAAAGUGACAUCAUAAUGACGUUUUUAAAUAAAA